CUGUAAUUGGUUCAGAUUGAGGGCGGGCAAGGAGUUCUGCAGAGCACCAACUGGCUAAUGUUGCUGUCAAUCAUCAGAAAGAGACUCCUCCGGAUCUCCAUUUGGCCAGCUGCGGUUGAAUUUUUUUUUUCUCGAGAAUUUCCAGGAGUGGAGGAGACUGUAGCUUCCCUAAUUGCUUGCUCUGGAGAUCAGCAUCAACAGAGAAGUCAGUCUAAUUUAUCAUCCAAGAAAGCCUUCCCUUCCUUCCAUAACACAAUUAAGAAACUCACAGACCUCGGGCCAUCACGAGGUACAUCAUUUUUCUUCACGGAAUUCUCUUACUGCUCUAUUUGUCUUUCCCUGUGACUGGGGCCUUUGGAGUUGCAUUAUGUUAUCAGCGGCCUUCAUUACUUUGGUGAGAAGUGGUGGGAACCAGGUGAAGAAGAGAGUGCUGUUAAACUCCCUUCUCCUGCAGGAUCACAGGCAGGUGACUCCUGCCUGCUACUGCUCCACUUCGGAGCCCAGGUGUUCUCGGUUUGAUCCUGACGGAAGUGGGCAGCCAGCCACUUGGGACAAUUUUGGGAUCUGGGAUAACCGCAUUGAUGAGCCAAUUCUGCUGCCACCUAGCAUCAAGUAUGGCAAGCCAAUUCCCAAAAUUAGCCUGGAGAACGUGGGCUCUGCCUCCCUCAUCGGCAAACGGAAAGAGAACGAAGAUCGGUUUGGGUUUGCACAACUGACAGAAGAGGUGCUAUACUUCGCAGUCUAUGAUGGACAUGGGGGCCCUGCAGCUGCUGACUUCUGUCACACACACAUGGAGAAAUGUGUUAUGGAUUUGCUUCCUCGGGAGAAAGACUUGGAAACUGUCCUGACCUUGGCCUUUCUAGAAAUAGACAAAGCCUUUUCAAGUUAUGCCCACCUGUCUGCUGAUGCAAGCCUCCUGACUUCUGGGACUACUGCAACAGUAGCCCUGCUGAGAGAUGGUGUUGAACUGGUGGUAGCCAGUGUUGGAGACAGCCGGGCUCUUCUGUGUAGAAAAGGAAAACCCAUGAAGCUGACCACUGACCAUACUCCAGAAAGAAAAGAUGAGAAAGAAAGGAUCAAGAAAUGCGGUGGUUUUGUAGCUUGGAAUAGUCUGGGACAGCCCCAUGUGAAUGGCAGACUUGCGAUGACAAGGAGUAUCGGAGACUUGGAUCUUAAAGCCAGUGGUGUAAUAGCAGAGCCUGAGACAACAAGGAUUAAGCUCUACCAUGCCGAUGACAGUUUCCUGGUCCUCACCACAGAUGGGAUUAACUUCAUGGUGAAUAGUCAAGAGAUCUGUGACUUUGUCAACCAGUGCCAUGAUCCUAAAGAAGCAGCACAUGCAGUGACUGAGCAGGCAAUACAGUAUGGUACUGAAGACAACAGCACCGCAGUAGUGGUGCCCUUUGGUGCCUGGGGAAAAUACAAGAACUCUGAAAUUACCUUCUCAUUCAGCAGAAGCUUUGCCUCCAGCGGGCGAUGGGCCUAAUCGCCAGCUCUGUCUCCGUGUUCCCAUGCAGCAGUGUGUCAGGGUUUAAGAAAAACUGGUAACACGCAGAGGGCAACCUGUAUCUGUGUGUCAUUGUGACCUGAUAGAUCCCAACAGAGUAUAAGCUUACCAGCCACAUACCCAGUAGUAUUUUCAUAAAUUCUCAUCAUCAUUAUGGACAACUGCACAUGCUCAGUGUAAACACCGUAACACAGCUGUGGAGCCGUUGUGUGUCUCUGAGCUGAAUGGGAGAAGUGGUUUUCGUCAUUUGAUGAGUGAUAAAUAUAUGUGUUUCCUUUGUAAGGCUAGAGAUUGAAUCUGGGGCUUUCUAAUUAUUUAAGACUAAGAAGCAGAUUUAGUUUCUUUUUAUUAAGUUGUUUAUUCAGUUGGACAGGUUUUUUCCUGAAUUUUGAUAGCUAGUCUAUGUGCUAUUUGCAAGUGUUUCUUUUCCCCUUCUCUGUUGAAAGGUCCUCACUGGCUGACCUUGAAUUCCUGACUAUAAAUGGUCUUCCUACUCACCUUCCCGAGUACCUUUUAAUUUUUAAUUUUUUAGACAGAACAAGCAUAGAUUUUUUUGAAGAAGAAUAAGAGCAUAUACCCAGAGGAAGGAGGAAUCCCAAGGGAGGCAUACAGGGUUGUUUUUGAAUAAAUGUGCCAAUGAGUAAUAAUAAAACCUAGGUUCUCUGUUACUGAGUCGUGCACUCUGGAUCACUUAUUAGUAAGUUUAACCUUGCAAAAGACAUGGCUAAUGUGUAUACAUAUUUAUAAAUAGCUCUCUUGUGUAUUUUAAAUAUUUGUAGCCCUUCCCCAUCCACUCUAUUUUUAUGGAGUUAAAUAUGCUAUAUAGUUGUCACUGUUCCUUAAUCUCCAGAGAAGAAUGUACAGAGUCUUUGGCCAAAAUAUGUAAAGUAGGACACAGACAGUGUCGGUCUUGUGUCAGCUUGUUGCCGUGUGUUUUGUGUAUAGUAUGUUUAUAUCACUUUUCUGUGCACACAGUAAGCAAGUUGGGUCUUUUGUUAGUAAAGAUAACAUUACAAUGACUUAUACUGCUAUAGACAUAGCUUGUGGUUUUAUGUCUUCAAUAUCCUCAUUUCUAAGAUUCCUUCGAAAAAAAUAAAUCUUUUAAAAAGGAUGUUCAGACAUGUCAGCUUGCUAAGUAAAUUAGGGGUGUAAAUCCACACUCCUUUUACAUGCAUGUAAAAUUUCUGUCAAACUGUGAAUCCCUGGAUGUGUGUUUGGAAUUAAUCUAUAUUUUCACAGGGUAAUGUAAAUGUGGUAUAUGUGCAGUGAGUGUAUAUAUGUAUAUUUUGAAGUAAUAUAAAAUUAAAGGGAACAAUCUUGUGGCGCAUUUAUCAGCUAGCUGUAAAUUAUUGAUAUAUUUAUCACUAAGGACACUCAAACACAUUGAGUGUCAGAUUCUCUGUAGUAAAGAAUCAGUGGUCAUUGGUAGAUAACCACUAUGGAUUAAAAAUAAAUAUGGGGGCCAGGUUUGGUGGCCUGUACCUAUGAUCUCAGGACUUAAGGAGGAGACAAGAGAAUCAGGAUGGUAACUUUGAAAUAAGCCUGAGCUACAGAGCAAGUUCCAGGGUAGCCUGAGCCACAGCUUGUCUCCCAAAACAAAAUAUCAACAACUAUGGCUAUAAGAGGCAUGUUAUUAUGUGUGAUUUAUGUGGGUAACCAAAGAACAGGGACAGACAUAUUGUCAUGUGGUAAUUCAAAUAUAAAGUUAUGGAAUAUGAGAAAAACAGAAAAAGUUGAAAGUGACUUGGAAUUUUGUGGCAGAAACAAAAGGAAAAUAAUGAAAUAUAUAUACCUUCAAGUCUGGCAUGUUUUUCUGCUUUAACUGUUGUUUAAAAUAUUUAGUAGGAAUAAGGAAUAAAUUCUCAAUAAAGAAUUUAAGGUCUUUUCAUGGAUGUUAGUUGAAAGGAACAACAUUUUUCAGGCAUGUUAGCUUACCUGUGCAGUUCCAGCAUCUGGAGAGGUUGAGGCACAGUAACCCUGAAUAGCAAGACCCCAUGUCAAGGGACAACAUACACGGGAAGGAAUAGAAUAUGUGCUCGCUGUCCAGGGAGGCAUGGGAGACUAGCAGAGCUUGGGGCUUUCUGGUUGAAUCAGGUGUUGGAAAAAUAUGACGAAAACGACUUUUAAGAGUCUGAAGAACUUGUGAACUAAUAUGCACAGCAGAAUUCUCAAGCAUAAAAAUGGCAACGUGGUGUGUGUGCUCCAUGUCUGUUUUAUGUUCUUCACAGUGCCAUUCCUCCUCCCCCUUUUACUUUGAAACUAGGAUUGGGAGUGAGCUUGUGAUGUUCAGAGGUUUGAGGGUCAUUCGCAGAUGAAGGUGGGUUCUAGACCUGACAAGGGGGACUCUGUAGAUGACCUUUGGGUGCGUUUGAGCCUGUUUCAUCAGGAACAGGUCUUUGAUGAUAGUGGUGAGGUUAGUGGUGAGGUUAGUGGUGAGGUGUGUGGGGGGCAGACUUGUCUCAGUCUCCUGAGUGCUGAGAUUAUAGGCCUGUGCAUUCAUGCGUGAUUUUACCUGAAAGAAAUUUAAAACCCAAAUUCAGUCAUCCUUGAUUAAGCAUAAAAAGUACUGGUCUCCAUAGGAGCUGGGCUGCAUCCUUUCCUGUAGGUGUUCUUAACAUACAUUUGUUAAGAUCAAACCUGAAUAAAACUACAUGUUAAUUUUAAAAAAUACAUGUGUCUUUAUUUUCUAAGUCUUGGUAUUAAAAUAUAAUUUAAAGAGUAUAUUAUAAGCCUUACUGAUAAGUACAUAUGUGUGCCUCUGUUAUUGGAAAUGGUACAAGAGUGGAAAAUAAGGGACUGUUCUUACAUGCUUUUUAUUUAGUAUUAAUUUAGCUAGGGGAUUGCCAUGUGGGUAUAAAUGGUAUAAUAUGGAAAGUGUAUUGUAUUUAUGUGUGCCUCUCAUUUACAUACAGUAUGUAGAAAAUUUGUGUUGCCAUCAGUUAUUUGGUGAAAUGUUAUUAAAAGGUAUUGUGAUAGCUUAUAAUCAUAAUUCUUAAGUAUUUUAUCAAUUCAAGAGUAAAUGUUGUCCUGCUUCCUGUCAGCUGUUCACUUGUUAGGAUUCUCUGUGUCUCUUAGCUGCUUCAAAUCCAGGCUUCUUUUCCCCCUCUCGGGUCAAAGGAUCCCUUGGGUCUCGGGUCAAAGGAUCAGUUUUGCUUCUGUAUGUUAUGUGAUAUGAGUUUUUCCAUAUUACAGCAUUAAAUAAUUUGUAUUUUGAAGAGGUAGUAGCAUUUAUAUAAUCUGAAAUACAGAAAUCAUUUAAAAUUUGACUAUUAGUUAAUUUUCUAAGAAUGGACAUGGAAUUAAUAUCAUGGUAACAUAACAUGUUUUCAUGUUAUGAAAUGUUUCUGGAUGGGACCUAGAGAGCUCACACUUGGAGUUAUACAACUGUAGCCAUGUGUUUGUGUUUUUCUUUCUGUGAGGGUUUCCCAUGUACCUGUGCAUGUAAAACAUGGGACCAUAAUAUUUGGGCUGUUCCCAUACAUUGAAUUUCUUAGUUUUCAUUAUGAGAAUGGCUUCAGCGGGAAUGACAAGUUGUGUUUAACAAGAUGAAGAAAACAAAUGUUGACUCCCCUGCUGCUUUGGGCAGCUGGAAGAAGACCAGAAGUUUCUGUGGCAGCUCCCAUUGAUUGAUUGUUGGUUGGAAUGGUCCAUGGUAUUACAGAAUUCUGGACUGUGAGAACUCAGAUGUGUCCCACCACCAAGAGCGACUGACCGGUGGUUGGGUUCCAGUACAAAAGUCAGCACUGUAGUAUGACCUAAAUUAACUGGAUUUCUGCUGCAUUUCUCUUGUGAAUAUUUCUUUUGUAAUUUGUCAAUGUCCUACUUGGUACAAUACGAUUGUAGCAAGUUAAUGUGCUGGAGUAACUGUGAACAAACCAAAAUCACCGGUCUCAAUGUUGAAAACAUCUUAAUAAAAUGCACAUAAUAAACUUUUCCUAACCCCCA